AAAAUUCACUCUGAUUCUGUGUAGUGAGUAGUGACCGUAGUCUUCUCCAGUUUCGUUCCCUUUGAUUACGCAGUUUCCGUUUUCGGCUCACAUUCCCUUUCCUCAUUUUGACGCAUAACACUCACUUACUGAGUCAACUCACUUCGUUUCAAACCGCCGCCAAUUUCCAAUGGGAAACUGCUGCUCUGACGUCGCCGGUGGCCAUGCCUCCAUCGGUACCACUGCGGGAGAUCUCCGGCAUCAGGCUGACACCGCCAACGACGCCGUCGACUACUUCCUCCGCUCCCGAGGCCACCGCGGCCUCUUCUCUCAGAUCGAGUUAUUGUUCUCCGCUUCGGGAUUGCGCGAUAGAGAUGUGCUCUCAAAGAGUGACCCAAUGUUGGUUCUUUAUACGAAAGGAAAAAAUGGAGCACUUGAGGAACUUGGGCGCACAGAAGUAGUUCUAAAUUCAUUGGAUCCAACAUGGAUUACUAAACACACCCUCAUUUAUCAUUUUGAGGUUGUCCAAGUUUUAGUGUUUCGUGUGUAUGAUGUUGAUACUCAGUUUCACAAUGUAGAUGUGAAGAUGCUUAAGCUGGAAGAGCAGCAAUUUCUUGGUGAGGCGACCUGUGCAUUAUCUGAGAUAAUUACAAGAUUUGAUCAAUCAUUGACGUUAGAUCUACACAGAGAUGACUUUAUCACAUCAACCCACUCACAGAACUAUGGGAAGCUCUUAGUUCAUUGUGAAGAAUCUCUUAGCUCAAAGACUGCAAUAGAGAUGAUUUUCAGGUGUUCGGAUUUGGAAUAUAGAGAUCUAUUCUCAAGAAGUGAUCCUUUUUUACUGAUAUCAAAAGUGGUUGAAGGUGGUAUGCAAAUUCCCAUUUGCAAAACAGAAGUUAUAAAGAAUGAUCUCAACCCAAUGUGGAAGCCAGUGUUCUUGAAUAUUCAACAAGUAGGAGGCAAGGACAGUCCUUUGAUAAUAGAGUGCUAUAACUUCAAUAGCAAUGGCAAACAUGAUCUGAUGGGAAAAGUGAAGAGAUCUUUGCUGGAGUUGGAAAAGAUUCAUUCCAGUGGCCAAGGAGAAAAAUUAUUUCUGCCUAACAAGGUGUUAAACAGCCAGUUAUUUGUGGACAAAUUCACUGAAAGUGUCCAAUAUACUUUCCUGGAUUAUGUGGCUGGGGGAUUUGAAUUGAACUUUAUGGUGGCUGUUGACUUUACAGCUUCAAAUGGGAAUCCACGCCUUCCAGAUUCUUUACAUUAUCUUGAUCCUUCCGGGAGGCAAAAUGCAUACCAGAGGGCAAUUGUUGAGGUUGGGGAGGUAAUACAGUUUUAUGACUCAGACAAGCGGUUUCCUGCAUGGGGGUUUGGAGCACGACCAAUUGAUGGCCCUGUCUCCCAUUGUUUCAACUUGAAUGGAAGCAGUCAUUACUGUGAGGUGGAAGGGAUCCAAGGAAUUAUGACGGCAUACACAAGUGCCUUACUUAAUGUGUCUCUUGCAGGGCCGACUCUUUUUGGACCUGUCAUAAGCAACGCCGCGCUGAUUGCCAGCCAUUCUGUAGCAAAUGGUGGAAGGAAGUACUUUGUUUUGUUAAUAAUCACAGAUGGAGUAGUGACAGAUCUCCAAGAAACAAAAGAUGCUCUUGUUAAAGCCUCGGACCUACCGUUAUCAAUUCUUAUUGUUGGAGUAGGAGGAGCUGAUUUCAAAGAAAUGGAGGUUUUGGAUGCAGACAAGGGAGAACCCCUUGAAAGUUCAUCUGGACGCGUUGCUUCCCGUGAUAUAGUCCAAUUUGUUCCGUAUCGGGAUGUUCAAAGUGGAGAGAUUUCAGUAGUUCAAGCGCUUCUAGCGGAGUUACCAACGCAAUUUUUAACCUACGUGCGAAGUAGAAACAUCCAACCGAGCCUCUAGUCAUGUAAAAACUGUACAUAUUAAAAUGUUCAAUUUAUUUGAUCAAUGUGCUACCCUCAACCCUCCGAGGUAUCAUGAAUUGAUUAAUUCGACUAAAGGGUCAAGAACUCUUGCAUUCUGCUAAUGCUCAAGAAGGGUUCUCCAGUAAGAUCAUCUUAUCAACCCUUAUGAUUAUCAUUUCCUUGUGUUGUGUUCAUGUUCUUUUUGUUUUUUCUAGGUUGUUUGUUUGGCCUGGAAAAUAUUUUUGUUACAAGUCCAUGUUUUCUUCUAUAGAGCAAAAGUUGGCUCCUAUCACACCAUGUAUGCUUAUUAUAUAUUUUCUUUUACGAAAUGCACUUUGUGGAUGUAUCUAGAUUGUAUUUGGUAUUGGAAUGAACAAGAAAAUGUUGAAUUCAGAAAAUUCGGCACUGCUAAAGUCUACUAUUAGUGAGUUCAU